AUAGUCUAUUUGUUAAUCCUUAUAAAAAAGACAGAGUAGUAGUAGUAUUUGACAACAAUUUGGGCAUUCCAUGGUAAGGAGGGCCAAAAAGAAGGCCCCUCCAACAUGCCUCGUCUUAUUAUCCAUAGCCCCCACGUACCUUAGAACAUGGAAGAAAUUAUUACACUCUUCCCUACUUACAUUUUUGCAUAAUUGCACCUCUUUUUCUCUCAUUUCAAACACCAUAAAAGCUCUUGUUGAACAACAAACACUUGCUUGUGCUUGAAGGACCAACUAACAACACAAUCAAUCCCAAAUUAGAAAACUCAGCAACAUACCAGAUAUAAAUAAAACCCUUCUUUGUCAUCACUCAUCAUUGAACUUGAAUCCAACCAAAAUAACUAACUAACACGUGGGUUGCAAUAUUCUGUCGUUCUUCUUCAUUCAAAUAUUCUCAUCCUUAUAAAAACUUCAACCUUAGAUAAGAUACCAACGGCUUUUUUCAUUCGAUAUGGAAAUCGAAUCAGCGAAGUGUGAGUGUUGCGGCUUGAAAGAGGAUUGCACUCAAGACUACAUCAGUGAAGUGAAGUCAAAAUUUGAUGGAAAAUGGUUAUGUGGGUUGUGUUCAGAAGCUGUUAGAGAUGAAGCUAUUAGAGGGAAAAAGACAUUUGCAAUGGAAGAAGCAAUAAAAGCUCACAUGUUGUUCUGUCGUAAGAUUAAAUCAAAUCCUGCAGUUUGUGUUGCUGAUGGUAUGAGACAGAUACUCAGGAGAAGGUCAACUGAGUUGUCUUCAUCAAACAAACACAGUACGAGGUCAACUUCCACUUCCCAAGUAGGUGGUGAAUAAAAAACAGAGGAGAUUGGAAAGGUUGGAAUAGGACACACCAUCACUCCGUUUUUGGUAUGGUUGAAAUAAAUGUUUAAUUACCUUUUUUGUGGUUAUGCUUUUUCAUUUUGUCCUCUUGUAUGUAUGUAUAUUUAUGGACUCUUAUUUCAUACCAACUGUUUAUUUUCUUUUCCUUUUA